AUGAACAGAGGGAGAAGAGCAGCGCCAAACCCUGCCACCUUCAACACUUUCAGUCUUGGCUUCCCGUCGGCAUCGUCGCCAUCCCCAGUCAGCAUAGCAGCUCCAAGCUCGCCAGUCUACGUCCCUGUCCCCACUUCCCGUAGCAACUCCUACACUCCGUCGUCACUUCCCGUCCCGACGCUUCCUGUCGCCAUCCCCAGUCCCUGUAACCGCUCCCCACUCGCAUGUUUUGGAAUUGUUAAGAGUUAA